AUGACGCGGACGUGUACCACGACGUCAAUGCGGGCGCGCGCGUCGCCGCGAACGCGUGUGCUCUCGAACGCGCGUCGCGAGGCGACGACGCGAGGGAUUAAUCGUCGUUCGGUGUUGCAGCCGCGUCAGCAAGGAUGGCGCGUCGCGCGCGGCGCGCUGGGCGACGACGCGACGCACGCGAAGCGACCGGCGAGCGCGGUGAUCGUGGGCGGUGGGCCAACGGGAUUGGCGACCGCGAUCGCACUCGCGAGGCGCGGGUGGACGAACGUGGAGGUUUGGGAACGCCUGCAAAAGCCGGCGCCGAGCGCGGACACGAGCGUAUGGGGCGACGCGAAGCGUUCGUAUAACGUCGGCCUGAGCGGGCGCGGGCAGAGCGUGUUGAAGGAUCUCGAUCUAUUCGACGAGGUGAUCGAUAAGUGUGCGGUGGUCAAGGGACGCAUGGACUGGGGCCCGGACGGCGAGCCGAAGGAACGUCUGGCGAACAAGACGUACGACACGCAGGUGAUUCAGCGAGAUCGACUCGUGUCCGUGCUCGUGGAGGCAAUCGAGAAGAAGUACUCCGAUAAGGUUUCCAUUAUGUAUAACGUGGCGGCGGUCGAUUGCGAAUUCACUGAAGAAGGAGUGAAGCUCGAGCGAGGCCCGUGCGAUGACACGUGCGAUCUCGCCGCUGCGGUUUCCGUUGGAACGACGACCACCCCGGUGGUUUUUGGCGCCGAAGGUAACACCAUGCGAUCGGCAGUGGUGCGCGAGAUGGAUGAGAACAAGUCGUGCAGAACGAAGAUUGUGAAGUUUCCGAACAAGAACGCACGAGUUUACAAGACCAUUCCGUUAUAUUUACCGAGUCACAUGCGAAAAGACCUCAACUACAGUGCACGCAAGGGUGGCGUCGCGUUGGAGUGCCUCCCAACGAAGGAAGGCGUGCUCGUUGGCAUCAUGCUUGUCAAGCCCGAUGACGAAGAGACGUGCACUAAGCUUAGCAGUAAGGACAGCUUGAAGCAGUUCUUCCAGCAAGAGUUCCCCAUGUUUGUCGAUUAUAUUCGGGACGAGGACAUCGAAGACAUGGCGAAGAGUAAGUUCUUCGGCUUACCAUCGUUUGGUUACGUCGAAAAGUCGCUGAACAUGGGUGGUCAAGCGGUCCUUCUCGGUGACUCCAUCCACACUGUGAAACCGUACUUCGGCCUCGGUGUGAACAGUGCUUGGGAGGACGUCCGGAUUUUGAUUGAUUCUCUCGACAAAGCCGAUGGCGACACGAACGUGGCGUUUCCCGAAUACACGAAGAAGCGCGUUGCGGACGCCAAGGCACUCGUCACUCUCUCUCGAAGCUUUGACGGUGGUUUUCUCACAUUUGUUCUUCCACUCAUCGUUGAUUCCAUCUUCAACAAAAUUGCACCUUGGCUCUUCAUGCCGAACACCAUCCAGAUGCUUCAGAAGGAGGAGUGGUCGUUCAGCGACAUCGAGAAACGUAAGUGGCUCGAUCGAGUGAUGCAAGGCGCGGUCAUCGCGUCCUUAGCGACGACACUGGCGAGAGCCGUGUUCCAGCUCUCGCGUCAGUUUUUAUUUCCUUUCAUCGUUCGAACGCUCGCCCGCGGCGGCGCCUAA